AUGGCACUGCCGAUUGCUCUUUCUUCGGUGCACCUGGGAAGCACAGCAAAGCUUGCCAAAGUCCAGCUUUCAAGUGCGAGGCAUAUUCCGCCGCAGAAGGACGCUUUCAAUUCACCCGUCUGCACUUCGCCGUUGCAUUCCAGGCCUUCGUGCAAAGCGCAGCCGGCCAGGCAUAUUCCGCCGCACAAGGACGCCUUCAAUUCACCCGUCUGCACUUCGCCGUUGCAUUCCAGGCCUUCGUGCAAAGCGCAGCCGGCCAGGCGCCACGAAGACUCGAUGCAGGGGCUGCAAAGGCACAUCCCGCCGCAGAAGGACGCUUUCAACUCGCCUGUCUGCGCUUCGUCGCUGCAAUCCAGGCCUGCGCCUGCUAGAGAAGCAGCGAGGGUGCCAAUGCCAGUGGCUGCAUGCAGCCCCCACCGAGAUGACACAGAGAAACCGCAACGCCCAGAGCCACAGGUGGCAGUUCCCAAACAUCAUGUAGCUGCAAAGCCUCAGCUACCGCAUCAGCCUCAGCAGCUGCUGCUACAUCAGUUGGAGCGGGAGCUGAAAGUGCAGCAAGGGCUCGGUCCCAUCUUUGCUGCAGCGCCUCCUCCAAAGAAGCCGGAAGAGAAGGCCAUGCAUUCCCCGCCGCGGCUCAUGGCUGCUGCUGCUGAAGCGGCUGCAAAGCAGGAGGAUGCGCCAGGAGCCUUCCUACCUGCUGCUUGCUUUCAAGGAGUUCGGCUGCCGGACACGCAGUCCGACAGUACGAGUGAGGGGUCAGAGACAAAGUUCCUUGCGGUGGAGGAGGGCGCCUACUUGAUCAAGAAUAUCGAGUGGCUGCGCCAGAAGAAGCGGGAGUUGGAGCGUCAGGUGGAGAACAUGGAGGCAAGGGUGCGGACGGCAGAGGCGCAGAAGGAGCAGUACAAAGCACUCUUCGAGGAAUCGCAGUCAGACACCUUUGUGCAGGCAUCGGGGGAAGGGCGCGAUCGCGAGAUUGUCGGAUUGCACCAGCAGCUGGCUGCGUUGCUGAUGCUGAAGGAUGCAUUAAACUCGGAGAACUUGGAGCUCCAGGAGAGGAUGCAGGCCAUGGAGCAGUCGCAGCGUCAUGGCCAAGCUUCGUGUGUCAUUUGCAUGGAAAACUUGGCCAAUGUCGUCUGCCUUCCGUGCAAACAUCUCGCCCUGUGCUCGUUUUGCAGCCAGCAAAGUUACGCGGAGCGCAGCCAAUGUCCCAUCUGUCGGGGCAGUAUCAGUGAGAGGAUGCAAAUCUUUAUGCCUUGA